AUGAUUCAGUUAGCUUUUCUGCUAUUGCAUCCUGCCAUUAUCGUUACGAUCGGUGCCACCUGCGAGAGCAAUGCCGCACUCUUCAGUGUUACACCAAAAUCCUACGAACAAGUGCAUUAUUUAAGAAAACUGAAUUUGAACAACGCUACAUUGGAUUUUUGGUUACUUACGACACUGGUCAAUCGUGAAGCACACAUAAAAGUUCCAGUUAAUGAAGUUUCGAUCUUUCAAAACGAUCUGUUGCAAUGGGGAUUGCAGCCGAAGAUAAUAAAUUCAAAUCUUACUGCUUGCAUAAACACGACGCGCUCGGAACGUUUUGCCCGGUAUAAUUCAAUCGAUUCUCUGGAUAUCACGAAAACAUAUUUAAGAUACAGCACAAUGAACCACUACAUCGAUUACUUGGGCCGGAAGUAUUCUGAUAUUGUCUCUAUCAGCACGGUAGGAAGUUCAUAUGAUAGACGACUUCUUCGAACGGUCACCAUUUCACAACAGCGGAACUCAUUGAAUAGUCAAGCGAUUCUCAUCGACGCCGGCAUACACGCGAGAGAAUGGCUCGCUCCCGCUACUGCGCUUUAUGUAAUUAAUCAGCUGGUGCAGCAUAGUGAUGAAAACCAUGAUCUGUUGAACAACCUGACGUGGAUCAUACUUCCACUCGUCAACCCGGACGGCUAUGAGCACUCACUGACGAAGGACAAAUUUUGGCGCAAAAAUCGACAUCCAUUCCGGCAGUGUGUUGGAUCCGAUGUUAAUCGCAAUUUUGACUUUCAUUGGGGUGAAAAGGGAGUUUCAAGGCACGAGUGUGGUCAAACAUAUCCAGGGCCGAAACCAUUUUCCGAACCAGAAGCAAGAGUGGUUCGCAAACUAUUGUUAUCAAAAAACGAUUCGAUCAAGUUUUAUCUGACGUUACAUUCGUAUGGUCGAUAUCUUAUGUACCCCUGGGGCUAUCGAAAAGGGCUCCCACAGACAUGGCGAACCAUGGACACUGUAGCUCGUGCUGGAGCUGCAGCCAUGAAACAAUCACACAACGUAAAUUAUAAAAUUGGCGGUGCCGGUAAAAUUCUCUACGAAGCUUCAGGAGGCAGCGAUGACUACGCAUUGGCCAUUGCACGAAUACCGAUAGCACUAAUCAUGGAACUUCCCGGCGAUGAGAGAGGGUUUCACCCGGCUGCGAGCAAACUUAAACCCUUUCUCGAGGAGGCAUUCACUGGCAUACGAGCGAUGGCUCUCAAGAUGAUGCAGCUUACGGUGUAA